CAAGCGCCUCCUCUGAGUGUCAGUUCAGGAAUAUUAUGCUCCUUGUUGUCCGAUAAUGGAAGUAAUGCUCCUCGUGACGGUUGCACAAAGUUUGAAAUAAACUGUUGAGGUCACGCCACAGGAUUAUUGCACGCGCUCGAAUACGGUGGUCAGAUAAAAACCGUUAACGGACGUUUUGACGUUAAAUACUUCAUACUCAUUACAACCAGGGACCGGAGGACAGGAUGGACAGAAACCGGGGAUUUAGCUUCAAACUGUUGGUGCCUUCCAGGGUGAGUAACGGUCAAGUGUCUGCUGUUCGACCGCAGGAAGUCGAGGAGACCUGUGGGGACUUCAUGGUGCAGCAGGUUAUUAGUAAAGGUUUCGAAAAGGAGCAGACCAUGCCAUUUCCCAAUACAAGCAUGGUUGCACCAACUAAACCCACCGGAACAGAGUUGCCAAAGAUAAAAGCUGUGUCGCCAAUGGAAAAAGGCGAGAAUAAUUCCAAUCCUGGACAGCUUUAUUCAAAGUUGUUUGAUGAAGUUGAGAAAGUUAAGUCUUGGAAGGUCAAAGUUGACUCUGACACUUUGCAAAAGGAAAGGAGACUCCAAGAAAACAAAAGAACAAUUGAAACUCAGCGCAAAGCCAUCCAAGAAUUGCAGUUUGGAAGUGAAAGUCUCAGUGUAAAGCUGGAGGAACAGAUCAGCGAAAAUGAGGAUUUGAGGAACAAAAACAACGCAACGAGGAAUCUGUGUAAUAUACUCAAAGACACUUUUCAGCGGUCAGCUGAAAAGAUGCAUUUAUUUGAAUCCGAAAGAGAAGAAACACAUCACCUGCUUAUGGAAAAUAGUUCAAGUAUUCAGAACAUGGUUGCAGCAUUUGAAAGCCUUCGUGUUCAAGCAGAAGAUGAUCAACAAGAGAUGCAAAAAGUCAAAGAGGCCUUGCUGCAGUUUGAAGAUCUGAAAGAGAAGUACAAUCAAGAAUAUGACGUGAAAGAAAAAGAGGUCGCAGAGCUUCAAACUCAAAUACGGGAUAAGGAACAUGAACUACAAAACCUCCUGCUGGACCUCCAUGAAAACCAGAAGCACUGUAAACAACUCCAAGAAGCAACAAAUGAACAAUGUGGACUUCUCAGUAGCUCAAAAACUGAACAAGAGUCCCUGCUUCAGAAACGUCUCACUGCAGAGCAGCUUUGCACAGAAGCCGAGAUCAAAUGUGAAGCUCUUGCUGCAAUUCUGGAACAAACUAAAGAAGAAUUUACAGAGAUGAUUCAAAGCAAAGACUCAAGCUUGCAGGAACUCAGCAAAGUAAAAAAUGACCAAGCAGAGACGUUGGAGCAGAUUCAGACGAACAUUCAGGAGCUCCAGGAUUCCCUAGCCUUAGAGACAAAGAGGACUAAGGAACUUGAGGAUAAGCUCAUGGCCAACAGUGAGGAACUGGAAAGAAGAAACACACUUUUAGGAGAGAACAUGGAGCAGAUUGCAAAGAAAGAACGGCAGAUCAAAAUACUUGAAGAUGAACUGGACAAAACAUCUAAAUGUGUCGAGUCCAUGAAGGAAAAGAUCGAGGUCACUGAAGUCAAAGUGGAGAAACUCACCGCUGAGCUUUCAAGGGAAACCGAAGAAGCCCAGCGGUAUAAGAAUGAUGCAGAGAUUGAGAAAGCAGAACAUGAUCUACUAAAGGAAGCUUGUGAAGCUGCUGAAAAAGCACACGAAGAUUUGAAGGAGAAAUCCAGAGUGACUGAGAUCAAAGUGCAGCAGCUGGAGGGGCAACUGUUCACAGAAGUAAAGACAAAUAAAGAACAUACCUUCCAGAUGGUGCAACUGAGACAAGACAUCCAUCAGCAUGAAGAUAAGUACACGGAGCUAUUGGCCAACUUUAAUGAGCUGCAUUGUGAGAAGACAGUCAUUCAGCAGCAGUUUGCGAGCGGAUCUUCGAGUGUGAAAGCUGUUGAGGAAAACUUGAAGGUUAGUGAAAAGAAGGCUGUGAAACUCACAAAACAAAUCCAGAGAUUGGAAGAAGAAAACCAAGGUCUACGAGAGGAAGUGACGUCCAUUGAGAACAAGAGCCAAGAGAAAUGUCAAGAAACUGAGACUCUGCAGAAGAAGUUUGAAGCAAAUUAUGGACGUAUGGAGGAGGGAAUUGCAGAAAAAGAAAAACAGAUCAAAUCUGUGGAAACCAAGCUGCGCAGUUUCAGGAAAAAGUUUGAAAUGAAACUGAAAGCCCAGGAGGAAUACCAGAAAGAGAUCAACAAUCUCCAUGAGGAGGCCGAGAGCCUUAGAGCGCUGAACGAAGAAAACUGUCAGAAAUUGCUAAAGGAAUUUGAGGCCAAAUCAACCUUGGCAGCAGAGCUUGAGAUUGAGGUACAAAAGCUCAAAUCAACAGCAGCAGAGGCCACCAAGAACAAAGAAGACACAGAACUGAAGUGUCAACACCAAAUAGCAGAUAUGGUCGCUCUGAUGGAGAAACAUAAGAGCCAGUAUGACCGGAUGGUUGAAGAAAAGGAUGCAGAGCUUGAUGAGACAAAGAAGAAAGAGAUGCAGGCUGUUGCACAUCGGAAAUCACUGGACUUGGAACUUGCAAAGCACAAGACGGAUAACGAUCACCUGAAGCAACAGCUGGUGGCAGGAACAACAGAAAAGGAAAAACUGCAGAAGGAGCUGGCUGACUUCAAGAAAGAAAUGUCAUCUAUGAAAAUGACUCUGCUGUCAGAGGCAAGGAACAAGCAGGCACCUGCCUUAAACUGUACCCAAGGGGAACGUUCUGAGACUCCAAGAGAGAGCUCUUCAACGAGACACGUGUUUGACUUCACCAAAACCAGGAGAACUCCCUCCUCCAGCAACAAAGAGGGAAGUUCUGCAUUAAUGAAGAAAGCUGAAUCCUACACGGAAUCCAUCAGAAAAUCCUCUCGAACAACACCAAAGACCAAGGAAUUUCGUAAUGAAGACCUAAAAACCCCAAGAAGCACUACAAACAGACUGGGCGGAACGUCAAAGAUCAAAUCCUACAGAAUAAGGACUCCUCCUUCUUCUGAAAAGGCAUCAGGCUGGGGAAAGAGCACCUUAGUGCUGUCGGACAAGUCUGACAGCUCUGAUCAGCAUGAUCUUUUGACCUUUGCUAGUACACCUAUACCAGAUGUUUCCGCUCCACAUCGCAAGUUCAACAUCUUCAAAAAGAUCCAAAGCCCCAUCUCUCAGAAAUCACCAGGGAACUCCUUGAAGUUAGCAGCAAUGAAAAGGAUGCGAGAUGCUGGUUGGACGGCUGUUACGGGCUGUGACAAAAAGAAGAAGACAACCAAUGACAAGAUCUUUGCAUAAAUAGUGCGCUCACGGGACAGAUAACCCUUACAAGGUUUUAGUUCAGAUGUUCAUGUUUCAACUUUGUUAUCGUUCACAAAUAGCAUCGGUAAGACUUUAACACGCUGUAUCAUUAAUAACAAAAGGCCAAUUUAUUUCUUUACAUGCACAAAAGAUUAGAUAGGUUGAUCAGUUAAACAGUCUUGUUAUCAAAAGUGUUCAUUGUCCAGCUGUUCAAGCAAGUUUGGCUAUAAGGUCAUUUCAAUGACUGCAGAGUCCCCUUCAAUGACUGCAGAGUCCCCUUCAAUGACUGCAGAGUCCCCUUCAAUGACUGCAGAGUCCCCUUCAAUGCAUUCAGGUGCUUUAGAAAGAAUCAGUUUGUUGUAGUUCUGCUGGAUGUUAAGACUAAUCUUUACUGGUGUUCACAUGAAAUGGAUUUGAUCUGCACAAGUUGAUAUUGUUGUUGUGAGAAAUAGUGUAGUUACGUGUUGCUAUCUUAAUAUAUUUAAUGUAUUUCUGUAUUCUAGUAUUGACAGCUUAGUGAGUAAAGUUGAUGUUCAAAUCAA